UGUUGGUAAGUUAUUAUGGAUUUAAAAACAAAAAACGACGCGAUGGAUCCUACUAAGAGUCCAGAAAAACUCCCAAUGACGUUUGUACGUCGUUCUACUUUAUUGCCAAACGUGGGCAACGUGAGUGCUGGUGAGCUGUCGUGCGGCGACCUCUCCGACAUUGAUAUCCAGGACGUGCCCGCUUUGCUGGAGGCAACUCUAAAACCGCGACCCUAUGAAGUCAGCACUUUGUUCAACAUUGAUUUGGAGGGAAUUUGGGGACCCAGCACCGAAGAGAAUGAGGUGCAGCAAUACAAGGAACGCGCUCAGAAAGAGCAGCACAAAUUUUUUGAUUUCGUGAUGAAUGCUGUUCUGUAUACGGACAAACGAAAACCGAAUUUUCAGCCCAACAAGGAGCAGCAGAGAUACCUAGAUCAGGGUCCCAAUUUGCAGAACUUCGUGCGAAGCUCUUUGGCAAUAACAAAUGCUGCCAUCCGGUUUCAGACGGAGCACGAGGACAUGGUGGAACUGCAGAGCAAUCUAGAGGAUCAUCACCAAUUCAUGCGAAACGCUUUGAUCAACAACGCUAUACAGAAGAAUCUAGCCGACGAACGAUGAUCACCCAUUAAUCAUGAUCGAAAAUAGGCAAUCCUUCAGAGCUAAGGAAUAGAUAAGUAAUGCUAGGGUCAGUAGUUGGCAGAUUACUGAAAUUUAAGACUCCGAAGAUUACACCUAAUUUAAGGUAAAUCAAAUAUAAAUACUUAUAUUAUCAAAAAAGUUGCACUCAAGGGAAUUUUAGAGUUAUAGAAUUUGAAUUUGAUCAAGGCUUAAAACCGUUCCCAAAGUAAGAAAUAACAAAAAAAAAAUAAUCAAACUUCAAAUCUUAUAAAGAUAA